GUCAGUUAGUCAAGGGGUGGAAGUCUACGUGGUGAGGAGUGGAGUUGUCAUUUAGUUGUGCACCUUUCACCAUGGUGGACACGCGAGGCGGUAAGAGCACCACCCCAUACAUGGAAGAGCAGGAAGAGAGGGUCGCCGCCAUACUGAAGGAAAGAAAGGAGAAGGAGGCCAAGAAGCAGGCCCUAUUGGAGGAGCAGGCGACGAAGAAGAAGCUCGAAAAAGAAAUGGAGAGGUUAAACAGGGAAGAGGAUGAGAAGCUUAAGAAAGUAGAAGAAGAAGAAGAAGAAGGAGAGGAGAUACCACUGGUACGGAGUGUGAGGAGAGAGGAAAGGGGGGAAUCCAGUGGGAUUAGUGAGGAGGAGAAGAAACUGGAGAAGGUGUCAGAAUGGGUGGCCAACGUCUCCCUAGGGGAAAAUGAGGAGGCAUUGAUGUACAUUCCCCAGGAUGAGAGGGAGGUUGUUGUGGCAAAAAUACAGGCCCUGACUGAUCCUUUACAGUGGCAGGCCCUGGAAGAGGAAAAGAGAAUGGAGUGGAAGUUGCGACUGAGGAGUCAGAGAAGAAGCCACGGCGACAAAAAGAGGAGGCGGCGAUGUUAUAUGUCCCCAGGGAAGAACAGGAGGCGGUCGUUAGGGGAUGGAAAGCCGUGGAAAGAUCCUCUGAAACGACAGACGAUAGAGGAGGAGAAGAAGUCGGUGUGGAAGUUAAGUCUGACCAGAGAAAAGAAGAAGAGGAUGGAGGUGGCAAGUAAGGCGGCAAAAGAACUCGAGGAGGUGAAACAACAAAGAGCGCAGAUGGAGGCACAGGCGGAUUGGCAAGGAAAGAUGGAGGUGAUGGCGAGGAACAUAGAACGCCUGGCGCAGGCUCAGGAGGAGCAAUACCAAUUUGGGAGGAGUCAGGAUAUAGCCGUGCGAUUGAUACGAUUGGGGUUUAGGGAGUUCGCACGCAAAAUGUUAAUGCACAUGGGCUCAGAAGUACAGGCGAGGUUAGAGGACACAGAGCAAUUCUGCACAUGCGCCAUAGAAGGCGCAAAGUUGGCUGCACCAAGAGAGGAAGAAGCUCGUCCCCGUAGGGAGCCUGUUAAAGUGAAGUUCCCUGAUUCCUACAGUGGGAAGGAGGAGGAGAACUUCAAUAACUGGGAGGCGAAUGUGAACUCCUACAUGCAUUUUCAAAAGAUAUCUCCUGAUGAACAUGUUCUCAUAGCCUUCCAUGCGCUCAAGGCCGAAGCAGCGAGCUUCGCCCGAUCGCUUUGUCACGUUGCCAAGUGCGAUAACAAUAUGGUUGCCUAUUCUGCAAUCACCCCUCUCGGUGAGAUUUUCAAAUUAUUGCGCGAAAGGUUUGUAGAUGUCACACAAAGCGUUAGAGCUUCUGACAAACUGCAAACCAUUCAUUCUCGCCAAUGGAGGAGUGCAAGGGCACUCAAGGGUGUCAUGGAUGAGUUGGUCGCUGUUCCUGAUCAUGGGGUCACUGAGACCCAGUUAGUCAACCUAUUUUAUCGUGCCAUGCCUGAGCCUUUGCGCGGGCACUUCUUUGAGAAGAGUAGGGAGCUUACCAUGACCUACGAUACCCUGAGUAGGGAAGUGGUAGCGUAUGAGGCGCAGUCCAUGUCGGUUUCCACUUUCUGGCACAAGGACUUCGAUAAGGGCAAGAAGUGGAAAGGUCGUACCAUCUCAGGACAUGUUAAGGGCAAGAAUCACUUGAUCCUUACGUUAGAUGAGGGUGGUAUGGAACAGGUCCCUUACAACCAGAUAGAGUGGGGCCUGGAGAUGGAUGACAGUGGCGAUAGUCAGGGGAGGACUUACGCUGCUGUCGCAGCUGGGGGGAGGCCGCAGGGUAGAGGAGGAGGCCGGGGCCAAGGGGGCCAGGCUUCCAGUGGUCAAGGACAGGGCGAUCAGGGGGUUGGUGGUAGAGGAGGCCGCCAAGCGCCCUACACGGUGGCCGCCAUCAAGACGAGCAUCACCAAACUGCAGACAAGACCGGAUCCCGCUACAAAGAAUUACAAGAUGCCGCACUUCGACAUCAGCAAGUUCGACGACUUCAAUAAGACGGACGCCUUGACAUGGUGGCAAAGUUUCCUCACAGAAGCAUCAUGCCGCACUGUCCCGGCUGACGACAUGAUGAAGGCGCUCUACUUACAACUGAUUGGAGGAGCGCAGGCAUGGAUGAACCAUCUGGCGGCUACCAAGAAAUGCACCAUCGUCGAACUCCACACGCACAUCACGUGGAAGGAGUUCGAGCAACUGUGGUUCACUCGCUUCAUGGUCCGCAACGUCGUGAAGGCGGCCAUGAACGAGGUAUACACCUGCUCGCAAGGGAGUAUGCCAACUCGAGACUGGACAACCAAGUGGCAAAAGAUAGUGACCACGCCAGGCUUCGAUUUGAGUUUUCCUAACCAACGAUCCGAGUUCUUCUCGCGAUCGUGCGCAGGACUGCGAACCGCACUCGGCAACGAGUACGAUUACGCCUCAUUCCAGGCGAUCCUGGAUCGUGCGAACUUGGUCAUCCAAACGGAUGACAAGGCCGCAAACGAACGGCAGUCCCAGCCGCAUUAUGUGGCUAAGCAGGGCUAUCAACGACCGGCACAUAACAAUGCCAUGAUUUCUGAAGAAAUAGUCGAUCUUCACGCUGCAGCAGCAUCCUCGAGUGAUGGAGGAAUUGUAGCAGCGCUCCCGCCGAAGCGUCCCAAGAGAGUUCGGAAGAACAAGGCGACACAAGAGACGACAUCGACGGGAACUGGGAAGCAGCCAUGGACGGCAUGCAAGAUAACCAAGGAAGUCUAUGACCUUCGUCAACGGUACGGAUAUUGCCUUUGGUGCAAUGGAGUCACUCACUUGACCGCACAAUGCCCCGAAAAGGGCAAGGCACGCAUACCCCGUUACCACCAGAUUGAAAUUCAGCCUCAAGAUUGGUACAAAACCGCGUUCAAAACGCGGUACGGACAUUUUGAGUGGGUUAUCAUGCCAUUUGGCCUCACCAAUGCCCCCGCGACUUUCCAAGCAGCUAUGACGACUGAGUUUUGCGACUUGCUCGAUCGCAGCGUCCUCAUCUACCUCGAUGACAUCUUGGUCUAUAGUAGGACGUUGGACGAGCACAUCGUACACCUACGCGCUGUUUUGGAUCGUUUGCGACUGGCCAAGUACAAAGCGCACCUCGACAAGUGCGAGUUCGCCAAGCAGGAGCUUGAGUACUUGGGCCACUAUGUUACGCCGAAAGGCAUUCGUCCCUUAGCGGACAAGAUCCAAGCCAUCGUGGAUUGGCCGGAACCCCGUUGCACGACGGAUUCCCCGAAGGUGCUCUUCGAGUUCGACGACGCAGCCCGUGGCGCGUUCAGUACGUUGAAGGCAGCGAUGCAAGCCGCACCUGCCCUCCGUAUAUACGACCCCACCCUUCCCACCCAAGUGACUACGAACGCUUCGGGAUACGGUAUUGGUGCGGUGUUGGAACAGUGUCACGAGGACGGUUGGCAUCCGGUCGAGAAUUUCUCCCAAAAGGUGCCUCUCGUCAACACUCUCGACGACGCUAGGCAGAAAGAGCUACUCGCGUUCGUCACCGUUCUCAAACGGUGGCGCCACUUUCUUCUCGGCCGUCGGCGUUUUAAAUGGAAUACGGACAACAAUCCGUUGACCUUUUACAAAACACAGGAUACGGACACUAGCACGAUCGGUCGAUGGAUGUAUUACAUCGAUCAGUUCGACUUUGACCUAUGCCACAUUCCCGGUCCCGCCAAUCGAGCUGCGGACGCCCUCUCACGACGGCCCGAUUUUUGUGCCAUUGUGACCACGGCAUUCGACCUCGAUGACGAUCUGCAGCCGCAUUUCGUCAAAGGCUACAAGUCCGAUCCGACUUACUCUAUGCAUUACGCCGAACUUUCAUCGGAUCACCUGCCGGCUAGCCACUAUCGGAUUUUCGACGGGGUCCUUCUCCUUCACUCGAGAGGAAAGGACUUGUUAGUAGUGCCUCAAGAUCGCAUCUUACGGACUCGUCUUCUCGGCGAAUUCCACGACGCACGACUUUCGGCACACCUUGGCGUGAACCGCACACUAGCACGCCUCCUCCAGCGUUUUUACUGGCCCGACGUCCUUCAUGACGUCACGAGGUACAUUGAGUCAUGUGCAGUUUGCCACCGUAACAAGGGUCGAUCUCGAGUCCCCUUCGGCGAACUGAAAUCGUUGCCGAUUCCUCGGGCACCGCGCCUCUCCAUUGCUAUGGACGUGACAGGCCCGUUCCCCCGCGAUCGCCACGGCCAUGACGGUAUUCUCACGGUCGUUGACCGUUUGAGCAAGUAUGCUCGCUUCCUUCCUUGCAAGUAUCAUGCUGCAGUACCUGAGCUCGCACGACUCUUGCACACCGGUUGGAUUACCAACCAGGGUGUUCCGGAAGACAUAGUGAGCGACCGAGAUACUCGCUUCAUGUCGGCCUUUUGGACUUCCCUCAUGGGUGAGUCCGGUACGACAAUGAAGCCGAGCUCGGCUCGGCACCCGCAGACGGAUGGUCAGACGGAGCGAGCACACCAGACCGCGCAGAUGAUGUUGCGUACGCUCGUUCGUCCCGACCAGAAAGAUUGGGUUGACCGGCUUUCCGACAUCGAGUUCGUCUAUAACACUUCGGUGCACCGGGCGAUCUGCGUCACACCAUUCGAGUUACAUCAUGGUAGAGAGAAAGCACGGAUCUUCGCUGAUCUCCUUUUGCCACAGGCCGCCGACAUACACGUCCCUUGCUCUCCCGCUUCCGUUCGGAAGUACCGGGACUUGCUGAUCAAAGCCCGCGCAAACAUGCAAAAGGCUCAAAUCCGCAUGCAGCAGCAAGCUAACCGACGUCGACUUCCAUGUCCUUUCCGCGAGGGAGACCUUGUUUGGGUCCUCUCCAAGGAAUUUGCACUGAGGCAGGACGUUUCGCGCAAACUCCUUCCGAAAUGGUUCGGACCAUGGGAAGUCACUUCUGCCGUUGGAGACGACCCCGCAGGUCCUUCCUUUGUGGUCAACAUUCCUCCGCACCUUACAAUGCACCGGAUCUUCCACGCGUCGAAGCUGGCCAUCUACACGCCACCUUCCGCCGACGAGUUCCCCGACCGUCGAUCACAGGAUCCGCCUUCUAUGGACGGACAUCAGGAAGUUGACCAAGUCAUCACGCACCGCAAUCCAUCAGUGGGACAGGGGAUUGUAUGUAUAUUGCUUGAUUGUUCUACCCCUGUUCCCACUCUCCCUACCCCCCUGUAUUCUGUGAACACCGGCACCUCUCAAGUACCGCAUCAGUUCAGACUGAUGUCGAUGGAACAGGACACCGAGGCACUGCCACGGCGCAGUGCCAGGAUCGCAGUUCGUGCCCGCCCUGCGGUACCUCCAAGACCCAAGAGAUUCAGCAGACGGACGACUCCAGCGRCAUCAAKUACGGCAUUGACAGUACAAGACACCACCGGAGAUCUUCCCGCAUGCCCGGUCCGAGAGGCCAGCGAACCUUUGGCUGACUAUCGUGGGCGGCUACAGGCAUUUACAGACGCCGUAGCCGCCGCCGAGGCUCAGCAGGCUGCGGCAGAGGCARAACGUCAGCGGCUGGCCAAUGMGGCGGCAGCCGAAGCUCAGCGGACAGCUGAGACUGACGAAGCGGCACGAAACAGACGGAAUGCCGCCAGCACGGAGUCCCUGAUUGCUAGUGAGCAUCAGUGGACAACGGUACUCCAAGRCAUGAUCUUUGUGCCUACGRAAACGCAGGCGGAGCCGACACAGGCGGAGGCAGAGAGAAGUAACCUGGCUACCGUGAUGUUGAACGUAAUGAGGGAAGUAAUGUGGAACAACAAACUACUGCAGGCACACCUGCACGCGGAACGACAGCAGAGACAGCAGUACCAGCAAGACCUGGCCGCUGUAACGGCCGACGUCCGCGACGCAGCAAUGCAGAAGCAGCAACAACAACAGCUGAUGAACUCUACCAUCGCACGCAUCAACGGCAUUGAGGCCAAGGCCUCAGCAGCGCCAGGCUGCACGACGGACGCGACGAAGCAAAUCAACGAACGCAUCGAUCACGUUGUCACCAUCAUCGGCGAUAUAGGUGUUUUCAACGAACCGGACACGAUCAGCAGCACGGUGGCCGCCCUCAAGACGGACAUCACCAAGCUACAGACGAGACCGGACGCCGCUACAAAGACAUUCAAGAUGCCGCACUUCGACAUCWGCAAGUUCGACGACUCCAACAAGUCGGACGCUUUGACAUGGUGGCAACGUUUCCUCACGGAAGCGUCAUGCCGCACUAUCUUGGCGAACGACAUGUUGAAGGCACUCUAUUUGCAACUGAUUGGAGGAGCGCAGGCAUGGAUGAACCACCUGGCGGCCACCCACAAGUGCACCAUCGCCGAACUCCACACGCACAUCACGUGGAAGGAGUUCGAGCAGCUAUGGUUCACCYGGUYCAUGGUCCGCAACGUCGUGAAGGCGGCCAUGAAUGAGGGCAUUCUGGAUCGAGCGAACUUGGUCAUCCAAACGGACGACAAGGCCGCUAACGAGAGACGAUCCCAGCCGCAUUAUGUGGCUAAGCAGGCCUAUCAACGUCCGGCACAUAACAAUGCCGUGAUUUCUGAGGAAACCGACGACCACCAUGCUGCAGCAGCAUCCUCGGGUGAUGGAGGAAUUGUCGCAGCGCUCCCACCGAAGCGUCCCAAGAGAGUUCGUAAGAACAAGGCGACACAAGAGACGGCAGCGACGGGAGCUGGGCAGCCAUGGACGGCAUAUAAGAUCACCAAGGAGGUCUAUGACCUACGUCAGAAGUACGGAUACUGCCUUUGGUGUAACGGAGUCACCCAUUACAAAGCGAAUCUCGACAAGUGCGAAUUCGCCAGGCAAGAGCUUGAGUACUUGGGCCAUUUCGUCCCGCCGAAAGGCAUUCGUCCCUUAGCGGACAAGAUCCAAGCCAUCCUGGAUUGGCCGGAACCCCGUUGCACGACGGAUGUACGCUCUUUCAUGGGUUUGGCUGGAUAUUAUCAGCGAUUCGUCGAGUCAUACUCGAAAGUGGCUGCUCCUUUAACGAGACUUCAGUCCCCGAAGGUGCCCUUCGAGUUCGACGACGCAGCCUGUGGCGCGUUCAGUACGUUGAAGGCAGCGAUGCAAGCCGCACCUGCCCUCCGUAAAUACGACCCCACCCUACCCACCCAAGUGACUACGGACGCUUCGGGAUACGGUAUUGGUGCGGUGUUGGAACAGUGUCACGAGGACGGUUGGCAUCCGGUUGAGUAUUUCUCCCAAAAGGUGCCUCUCAUCAACACUCUCGACGACGCUGGUAAGAAAGAGCUACUCGCGUUCGUCACCGUUCUCAAACAGUGGCGCCACUUUCUUCUCGGCCAUCGGCGUUUCAAAUGGAAUAUGGACAAUAAUCCGUUGACCUUUUAUAAAACGCAAGACACGGUCACUAGCACGAUCGGUCGAUGGAUGUAUUACAUCGACCAGUUCGAUUUUGACCCAUGCCACAUUCCCGGUCCCGCCAAUCGAGCUGCGGACGCCUUCUCACGACGGCCCGACUUUUGCGCCAUUGUGACCACAGCAUUCGACCUCGAUGACGAUCUGCAGCCGCAUUUCGUCAAAGGCUACAAGUCCGAUCCGACUUACUCUACGCAUUACGCCGAGCUUUCAUCGGAUCACCCGCCGGCUAGCCACUAUCGGAUUUUCGACGGGUUCCUUCUCCUUCACUCGAGAGGAAAGGACUUGUUAGUUGUGCCCCAAGAUCGCAUCUUACGGACUCGUCUUCUCGGCGAAUUCCACGACGCACGACUUUCGGCACACCUUGGCGUGAACCGCACACUAGCACGCCUCCUCCAGCGUUUUUACUGGCCCGACGUCCUUCAUGACGUCACGAGGUACAUUGAGUCAUGUGCAGUUUGCCACCGUAACAAGGGUCGAUCUCGAGUCCCCUUCGGCGAACUGAAAUCGUUGCCGAUUCCUCGGGCACCGCGCCUCUCCAUUGCUAUGGACGUGACAGGCCCGUUCCCCCGCGAUCGCCACGGCCAUGACGGUAUUCUCACGGUCGUUGACCGUUUGAGCAAGUAUGCUCGCUUCCUUCCUUGCAAGUAUCAUGCUGCAGUACCUGAGCUCGCACGACUCUUGCACACCGGUUGGAUUACCAACCAGGGUGUUCCGGAAGACAUAGUGAGCGACCGAGAUACUCGCUUCAUGUCGGCCUUUUGGACUUCCCUCAUGGGUGAGUCCGGUACGACAAUGAAGCCGAGCUCGGCUCGGCACCCGCAGACGGAUGGUCAGACGGAGCGAGCACACCAGACCGCGCAGAUGAUGUUGCGUACGCUCGUUCGUCCCGACCAGAAAGAUUGGGUUGACCGGCUUUCCGACAUCGAGUUCGUCUAUAACACUUCGGUGCACCGGGCGAUCUGCGUCACACCAUUCGAGUUACAUCAUGGUAGAGAGAAAGCACGGAUCUUCGCUGAUCUCCUUUUGCCACAGGCCGCCGACAUACACGUCCCUUGCUCUCCCGCUUCCGUUCGGAAGUACCGGGACUUGCUGAUCAAAGCCCGCGCAAACAUGCAAAAGGCUCAAAUCCGCAUGCAGCAGCAAGCUAACCGACGUCGACUUCCAUGUCCUUUCCGCGAGGGAGACCUUGUUUGGGUCCUCUCCAAGGAAUUUGCACUGAGGCAGGACGUUUCGCGCAAACUCCUUCCGAAAUGGUUCGGACCAUGGGAAGUCACUUCUGCCGUUGGAGACGACCCCGCAGGUCCUUCCUUUGUGGUCAACAUUCCUCCGCACCUUACAAUGCACCGGAUCUUCCACGCGUCGAAGCUGGCCAUCUACACGCCACCUUCCGCCGACGAGUUCCCCGACCGUCGAUCACAGGAUCCGCCUUCUAUGGACGGACAUCAGGAAGUUGACCAAGUCAUCACGCACCGCAAGUAUGGCAACAAGCCAAUGCAGCAACGAAACACCCGCGGGCGCGUCCGCGGGGUCGAGCUCGGAUCGCGGACCUAAAUGGGUCCGCAUCUGCGGCCUACCUGGUCCGCACCGCAGACCCGAUUUUACACGAAUU